CAUAAGAAUAUAAAAUGUAUCAAUAAUUUUUUGUGUCUUUUCAAUUUUCAUCCGCAAUAAGAAUUUUUAAAAUUACGAUGGACGAAACAGAGGUGAAUCGCAAGAGGAAUUUAUUGGCCUUCUCAGGGAUUGGUUCGRCCCUAAAAACGAAACGAAAAGAUAUAAUAAAUGUCGCUAAAACUCAAGAAGCUGAUGCCAAACGUCAGAAUGCAUUGGCCGAAAAAUGGAAAACGUUACAAGACCAAAAGUGUGCAAUCGCCAAUGCACUAAAGGGUGGAUUAUCAAACAAGAAAAUAAAAUUUGAUGAAGAUGGCGAUCAACAAGUAAAUGAUUUGCAAUUAUCAACGCAUAAAAUAUCAUUAUUUGAUGAUGAUGAAGCUAGUGAUCAUGAAAAUCAAGAAGAGYUAGUAUCCGAUUACAAGUUAAAAUUGCGAUUUGAAGGUGAAAAAGGCAAAAAGUUGUUCCAUAUGCAAACAUCUAAAGCUACCGGAGAUGACCGAUUUGUAAUGGACAAACGAUUUUUUGAAGAACAAGAAACUACUGAAAAAUUAAGCGAUGAUGAGAUAGAAAAACAAAUGAAUAUUUUAGAAGAUGUGAUGGGCCGAUCAAUUAACAAGCCUAAUAAGGUUAAAGGAGACGAACUAUUCAAUAUGGUGAGAUAUGAUCCAACACAAGAAGAACAUAAAAAAUAUGUUAAAGACAAACCAGAAUUACCAAAACAGAAGAGGCCUAAAAAGCAAAAAGUAGAACAAAACAAAGUUGUAGCUGAAGCAGUUGUUGAUACAAAUAAAUAUUAUAAAGUUGGUGAUAAACUAAAAGAUGUGUUUAGUUCUGAAAAUCAAUUUAGCUUUACUAACUUAUUUCUAACUUCUGAUAAAGGUACAUCAUACAACUCAAUAUUGCAUUGUCAUGGUGUAUGA